AUGAGUACUACUCCCCAGCCAAGAACCAGGGAGAUAGAUAUGUCCCAAGCUCAAACCCAUUCAUUCGCCCACUGCAUUUCCAAAUCUCUCCGCGUGGAACUGAUAUUAUGA